CAAAGCUGACAAACGCAACUCAAGACUCCAAAAAGACUAGAAGAGGACUCCUGGGACAAAAAGAUGCCAACUUACAUCUAAAUUACCAUAAAUUACCAUUUGGGUAGUGAUACGGCUAACACAGGCAGUCACAUCGGAACUGACUCCGGACUGGACUUUUUAGUGGGACAUCUGUGAGCUUUUGGCUGUGGAGGUGACAGGUUGGAUGCCAUGGACCCGCUGCUGCCCGCAGAGACGGAGGUGAUGGAGCGAGAGGCAGACAAGGACGCGAGGAGGAAGAUCCAGUUCUCGGUGCCUUCCUCAGUGCCCAUUCAGCUGGACCCGCGACAGGUGGAGAUGAUUCGACGUCGGAGGCCGACACCCGCCACUCUCUUCAGACUGACAGACCCACCGUCACCAGAUGAAGACAGUGGGCCUCACCAGUGGGUUCUGGGAGAAAAUGGAGUCUUAAAAGCCAAACUGGUUAACACACCAACCUACCAGCCACCCUCACUCAAAGCUGUGCAGAGGAUGGCCCAGGCUCACUUCUCCUCCUUAGACAUGAGCUCUGUGGACAAAGAGGAGCCCUCUUCUGGGGAGGAAGAGGAGGAAGGUGAGAAAAAGAGCCAGCAGACAGCUUCAGGUACAGAUCUAAGAAAAGAAAGCAAACCACUUAGGGAUCUGCCUGCUUCAACGGACAGUUUGACCAGAUGUGCUGAUCAUCCUGGAGCUAAAGAAGCGGUCAAAGAAGGAGACAAAGGAAAGGGAGAAUGACAAAAGAAGAAGGCUCUAGUGGAGACAGAGUGAGAGAAUCUGGUUUGCAUAAGGCACAUAUGGACCAUAUGUGUGCGUGCAUGGGUGUACAUGAGUGUGUGUUAUUUGGGCCUGUGAAUGUGUGCAUGCAUGCGACAAGCAAGUUGAAUGUGGAAAAGAAAGUGUUUGAAAAAAACAAAACAGACGGGCAUUGAGGAAGGUCAGAAUAUUAAUGAGCAGGUGUGAGGAAAAGUUUAACCUGACACUUGAAGAAAAUCACAUCUCAUGCCACAGAAGCCAGGGCCAGUCAGCCAAGGACACUGCACAAAAAGUAUGAGAACUGCUAAGAACUAUAGCACCUUCUCUUGCCAUCAUGUGUGUUUGUAAGAUAUCAACACAUAUUCUGAUACUUGCUCCUUUGGCAGGUUGCUGCAUGCAUGCAAGAACAUUUUGUGCAAAGCAUUGCACUGCAUUGGUGCUAAAACACACAUCAAGAACAAUCAGAAACAGCAAAAGAUGUACAUGGCUCAGGAUAGGAUAUCCAUUUGAUGCAAAGGGUCAAAUAACAUACUUGACACUACCCUAUGAUAAUAUAUUUGACAUUUUAGUGUAACCUGUAGUGUGAAAAAGCAUACACUAUAUUACAUUAUAUAAUAAGUAUACACAAUAACCGGUACAUAAUUCAGUGCAUAUAGGGCUGCUUCCACAUUUAAAUCAGAGCUUCCAUUUUGCUUUCCUUAACCUUGUAGAUGUUUGUGUGCAAAGUCAAGGAAAUCGAAGGAGGAUGGAUUGCAGACUAUCUGAACACAGUUUAGGUCCCACUACACCAGAUUAAAUCAUAUCAUAGUAAUCCAACUCAUAACAAUAAUGCAGCACAGUUUCUCUGGUUGGUCAAUAUGAAAGUUAUUUUUGUAAAAUGCUGAUUAGUAAGCAUUAUCUGUUUUUGGUGGCAGAAUUUUUGGAUGGGAACUGAAAGCAUACCUAUUUUUCCAAAAUAAUACAAAUGAUAAGUGUGAAGAUUCAUUGUUAACCUUGUAUAUAAACAAUGUUUUGUGUUGAUGGCUAAUAAAAUAAUUAUA